GAUGAAUCAGAUGAGCCACCGAGAGGGGACAUUCCUGACAGGAGGGCUGGAGCUACAGGCAGAGCCAUCACAAAAAAGAAGAAGAAGUUACAGACUAUAAGUCAACACAUGAGGCGCAGGAAGCACCUUCAGAAGUUAAAAAAACACCACAGAAAGUGUGAGAAACGAUACAACAAAGCCCAGAUGAAGCUGGCUAACAGAGAAAGGGAAAGGACCUUGCGUCUUCAGAGUUGCACUAAUUCAGAAGAAAAGCACAGCUCUUCUGAAAAUACAAUUAUCCUUGACCAAACACCAACUGAACUCAGUCAAGACUCCUCGGUGCCAGAACUAAAGAGAACCGACAGUGUCUAUGUUACCAGAGAAAUGAUUGGUCUGUCUGAGUCUUCAUCCUGCUCCGGCAGUGGAGAAGAAUAUAUCCCCCAAGCAGAGAGUGAAGAAUCGACGGAUGAUGAGACAGCUGUACCGCCCACCAGACAGCCACAAAAAAAGAUGAGAAAAGAAACAAAGAGAAGAGGUAUGUCCCAGUCUGGACCACUGGCUGAAAACCAUGACCUGGAAGCCUCCUCAGAUGAUGACUCUGUUGUGGUAAUGACAUUGAAGAAAAAAGAAGAUGGCAGUCGUCUCUACAAUAAGAGCUUCUACUGUGUUUAUUGUUAUAAACCCUUCAAAAAAAUUGCUCGCCAUUUACAAUCAAAGCAUAAAGAUAAGCCAGAAGUUUUAAAAGCCUUCCAGUGUCCAAAAGGCUCAAAAGAAAGAAAAAUUCAGUUGAGUUUACUAAGAAACAAGGGGAACCGUAUCCACAACAAUAAGGUUCUUAAAGAAGGUAAAGGAAUGGUGAUCCCUCGUCAGCAAACCAGUGCACCAGUAAAAGUCACAGAUUUCAUGCACUGUAUAAACUGCGAAGCCUAUCUGAAGAGGAAGUCCUUAUGGAAGCACAUGAAGAGAUGUCAUCUCAGCAAGGAAGUCAAAGGUCUAAAGCCUGGAAAAACACGGGUUCAGGCACUUUGUGCUUAUGCUCAACCUGUUCCUGACAAUGUCAGCGCUCAGUUUUGGAAAAUGGUACUUGAAAUGCAUAAUGAUGAAGUAUCUGACAUUGUCCGCAAAGAACCUGUAAUACUGAAGUUUGGAGAACACCUCUAUGGUAAACAUGGACAUGAUGUCACAAAGCACGAGUACAUCAGACAAAAACUUCGUGAGACGGGUCGCCUUGUUCUACAGGCAAAGAGAUGUGGCAAGCUGAAAAGGAUUUCAGACUUCUUUCUACCGGCUAAUUUUCCUCAUGUCAUUGAGGCAGUCCACAAGGUAGCAGGCUUCAGUCAAGAAACUAGCACUUUUAAAACACCAUCCCUGGCACUUAAAUUAGGACAUAACUUAAAAAAAAUGGCAAACAUAGUAGAAUAUGAAGCCAUGGUUGCAGGAGAUGAAAAAACCAUUAAUGCUGUCCAAAUGUUCAAGCAAAUAUGUGAAACAAAAUGGAGUGAAGUUGUGUCCUCUCAAGCCCUCAGGAACAUGAGUGAAGCUAAAUGGAAUGCUCCUCAACUACUCCCAUUUGCAGAAGAUGUUAAAAAAAUGCACGAGUAUAUUUCCAUGCAAAGGAAGGAGUGCCAGACAAAUCUCGAAGUUGACCCAAGCAAGAAACACUGGGCAGAUCUUGCUAAAAUCACAUUGUGUGAGAUAAUCAUCUUCAACCGCAGAAGAGAGGGAGAGGUUUCAAAAAUGUACCUCCACAGCUUUGCACUUCGGGAUACCACACAGACCCACCCUGAUUUGGAGCUCGCUUUAACAGAUCUCGAAAAAAAGCUCUGUAACCAUUUCCAGCGGAUUGAAAUCAGAGGCAAGCGAGGGAGAAAAGUACCCGUUCUGCUGACACCAGAAGUUGUGACUUCCAUGGAGAUUCUUGUCAAGACGAGGUUCGAUUGUGGAGUGCCUGAGAACAACCCCUUUUUUUUUGGGAGACCUGAUGCUGCCACUCAUUUCAGGGGGUCAGAUGUAAUUCGUCACACUGCCCGGAGCUGUGGAGCCAAGCACCCAGAGGCACUUUCCUCCACCAAACUAAGAAAACAUGUUGCUACCAUGUCAAAGGUCUUGAACCUUAAAGAUAAUGAAAUGGAUGACCUGGCUGACUUUUUGGGCCACGACAUCAGGGUCCAUCGCCAGUACUACCGGUUGCCUGAAGGGACUUUGCAAAUGGCAAAGGUUAGCAAGGUCCUGCUGGCACUUGAACAGGGACAUCUAUCUGACUACAAAGGAAAAAAUUUAGAUGAGAUUCAAAUAGAUCCUGAAGAGGAAAUAGCUUUGGAGCCCUCAGACAGUGAUGACGAGGCUGACAAAACUCUCCAGGAAGUUUCACCACAAGGACCAGUGAGAGCUAGGAGAGCGACAGACCUUCAAGAGCGCACCGCUGUGGAAAAAGACAAAGAGAUCCAACUGCCAGUGGAGACCCCAGUAACAUCAUCUCUUAGAGAUGGGCCAUCCAGGAAACGGAAAUGGAGUGAGGAGGAAGUAGAAGCUGUGGAAAAAACGCUGAUGGAGUUCAUCACAAUGAGAAAAGUCCCUGGUAAAACACCAUGCCAGUUGUGCAUCCAGACCUCACCUGCAGCUCUGGAGAACAGAACAUGGGAGGGUAUAAAAUACUAUGUGAAAAACAGAAUUGAUGCUUUGAAAAGAAAGGAGAAAUAAGCUGGACUUAUCUCUCAAAAGUAAAAAAAAAAUGAAAGGCUAGGCUAUUGUUAGAAUCUUUUGCUGUUUUUUGUUUGUAUCUGUACAAAUUAUGCCUCAGCACUUUUUUGUUCAUGUUUUUGAAAAUUUUAUAGCUUAUGUUUUCUCUUUCUGUUAUCUGAGCAAGCAAACUGAGCUGAUGGAUGUUUCUGUUCUACGGCAACAAUAAAGAAGUUUAUGACCUGGCUAAAA